GCUCGAGGCGGCAGUCAAGACCGGCUCCUGGCCCUCCACCGCCGCUGGAAACGAGCCCACCGCCGGGGCACCUGCGCCCGGACCCGCCGCCACCACCGCCGCCACCACCGCCGCCACCACUGGAGGCAAUGGCAGCAGUCACGACCAAAGCCACGACCAAAGCCACCAGCACCACCAGCACCAGCACUCCCCCUGGCCCGCCGACGCUCUGGACAAGUUGCGGUGCUACCUCAAGUCGGUGACCGCCAAGGAUUGCGGCGUGAUGGUCACCCUGCAGCACGCCGCGCCCGCCACAGCCCUCGCAGCCGCAGCCGCAGCCGCCACCGCCACCACCGGCAGCACCGCCGCCGCGCCCGGGGCCGCACCGGCAGGGCCCGAGCCGGACCGGACUCGUUUAACUCAUUUUACACUGGUACCCUCAUUUUCAUUCCUGUAGCACAUACUAACGAGGCAGCCAACGCUCAUGGAGAGGGACAGAGAGGGAUUAGGACUGAACGCAGAUUAAUUAACCAUGACGGAGAUUGAACGCGGAGAAAUGAAGGAGGCCCACGAACUCCAAAUGAUACAAAACCUUAUCAGAUAUGAUUGCGGGUUACAAAGAAGGGGACAGUGUAAACACUCGGCAGU